AUGAAAAUGACAUUUACCAAGAUGGCGAUGGGCGACAGAGAAAAGUGAUGAGAGAAUAGAACAACAAGCGAUACAACUGCAGAACCGUGUACAUUUAUGUACCCUGUGCGUCUUUUUCUAAGCAGACCACUAUUUAAUCUCCGGGAAACUGUCAAUCACAUACCGAGAGACCGCACCGGUCUACAAAGAAACAAGUAUUCAGCUAACUGUUUGCUAACUAGCUGCUAAAGUAGCAACAAGCUAACGUUCGCUAACUGCGGAAGGCGAGAGGGGAGAAGCUCGAAGUACAAGCCGUCAAGUCAAGAGCAUUUUUUAAAGUCAGUAGACCGCUACCUUUAAUAAAUACAACACCAUCGCAGAGUUUGCAGCACGGACCAGGUCGUCCAAACCAGGGGUUUGUCUGGAAAGUAACCUUCUACAUAUUAUAAGGAUACAAGAAAGAAAAGACGAGGAAAGGCGUCAUCUUUGCUGAUCUGACGCCAUGGCUCAUUCCCCUCUUCAGAGUGGACUGACAGGGCUUCAGAACUUCAGAGCCGACCCGGAGGAGUUUUUUACCAAGCUGGAUAGAAUAGGCAAAGGCUCUUUUGGGGAAGUCUUCAAAGGCAUCGACAAACGGACGCAAAAAGUUGUCGCCAUUAAGAUUAUUGAUCUGGAAGAAGCUGAGGAUGAAAUAGAGGAUAUUCAACAGGAAAUCACAGUUCUUAGCCAAUGUGACAGCCCUUUUAUCACCAAGUAUUAUGGAUCCUAUCUCAAGGGUACAAAGUUAUGGAUCAUUAUGGAAUAUUUGGGUGGAGGGUCAGCCCUGGAUUUGCUGGAACCAGGUGCACUGGAUGAAACCCAGAUUGCCACAAUUCUAAGGGAGAUCCUGAAAGGGCUUGAGUAUCUGCACUCUGAAAAGAAAAUCCACAGGGAUAUCAAAGCUGCCAACGUGUUGCUGUCGGAACAAGGCGAUGUGAAGCUGGCAGACUUCGGAGUGGCGGGCCAGCUGACAGACACCCAGAUCAAAAGAAACACAUUCGUUGGCACUCCUUUCUGGAUGGCACCUGAAGUCAUAAAACAAUCCGCCUACGAUUCAAAGGCAGACAUCUGGUCAUUGGGUAUAACAGCAAUAGAACUGGCUAAAGGAGAGCCGCCGCACUCUGAGCUUCAUCCCAUGAAGGUCUUAUUCCUCAUUCCAAAGAACAAUCCGCCAACACUAGAAGGAAACUACAGUAAACCACUUAAAGAAUUUAUUGAAGCCUGUCUAAAUAAGGAGCCUAGCUUUAGGCCAACUGCCAAAGAGCUGUUAAAACACAAGUAUAUUGUAAGGCACGCCAAAAAGACGUCCUAUCUGACAGAGCUGAUUGACAGAUACAAGAGGUGGAAAUCCGAGCAGUCUCGGCAUCAAUCCAGCUCCGAUGAUUCCGAUGAGGAGUCAGACGGCCAGGCGGCUGGAGGAGACGAUGCUGCCAAUGAUGAAUGGAUCUUCAACACCAUCAGAGAGAAGGACCUGAACAAGUUUCAGAAUGGGGCAGCACAGCCUGCUGAGCUGGAAAGACAACAAGACAACCGGGUGCAGGAGUGUCCGAAGAGGCCUUUGUCACAAAGCUUAGCAACAAUCUUUUCUCCACUGUUUACUGAGUUGAAAGAAAAGGGUGAGACAAGUAACGGCAAGCCGGAGGCUUCAGAGGAGCUGCGGGAGGCCAUUUUCCUGGCGGAGGAAACACACCCGGGGAUCUGUGACUCCCUAGUAGCUGAACUAGUGCAGAGACUUCAGAGGUUUUCUGUGCCACAUGCAGCUGCCACUCACUGAGACAAGCUUCAUCCAGCUCUGCUCUAAUUCUCUACCCUGGUGGCAGGAGUCACAUCUUUUCUUCUGACCUCCAGAGCCGGGAUGAAGUCUCACAGGAAGAUCUCCAUCACUCAUUUGCCUGAAGCGAAUCCUGGCCUACUUAAUGUCUGAUUAUACGCUAGCACACCACCAGAGGGUCCUAUUCAGGACAGUGAGUGGCCAGCCUGCUGUAAGAUGUCCCUCCUUAAUACCUCUUUCACAACUUUUUUUAUUUUAGGGUGGAAUUACCUUUACUCUGCAAGGACUCUUGAGUUUUUGGUUUAAGUAAGUUUGUGGCUUUUUAAGGAGCCAAAGUUUCUGCAUCCUUUCAGAGGAAAAUAUCUGACUUAAUUCUUGUGUGUGUUUGUGUGUGUGUGUGGCUGUGCGAGACAUCCUGUGAAACGUGUGGUGAGGUGUGAUGAGUGGGCUUGAAGCAUUCUAUUGAAAACUCAGGUAUCCUGCUUUAAGUGGACUGGGUCCUCUGGGAUAUGGAAAGAGCUCUAUAGGUUGGCUGUACAGACUUGUAAAUAAGUUAAUUUCUACAGAUUUGUGAACAAAUAAAGAAGUGUUUCUAAUGGAACCACUGUGUACAAAUGGCCAAAUGCAAACUGUAGAUAACGGUUUUGAGGUAAAUAUUUUGAGAGACUAAAAUGGCCAUAUAUGAGAUUGCCUUGCCUUUCUACUUGUUCUUUUGUAUAUCAGUCUUUGAUUUUCUCCAGAUAUAAAAAACAUUUUAGGUAUCACGAAGUCAAUGAAAAUGGCUGCCCUCUUAUCAUGUUUCACUAUUGAUUUAUGAAAGAUUUCUUCAUUCACUUUUUGGUUUCACUCGCUAUGCUGUGUUUGUAAUAAUUUUGGAGAAUGUAAAAAAAGAAAAAAAGAAAUUCACACAAAAAGGCUGGACCACUGAAGCCCCCACCAGUUCUAAACACUGGAUGCUGUGUUGUCAGACUGAUUCAACAUGCGUUUUUGACCAGUUAGAUAAACUGAAGUUUCGUCCAUUCAUUCCAUCAUCUAGUUUCUUUCUCAGCAGACUCUGUUAGUCUUCCUAAGAGCUGCAGAGGUACUAUCUAUCUCCUCAGCGUACCUACAGCUUUAAUUGCACUUCAAGUAUAAAUGCCUUUGACUAUAAACAAAGUAGCCAUAAAACAGUAGCAUGAGACUAACAGUACUUUGCAGGUAUGCUAUCUGGGACAAAGAAAAGUCUGCCUGAAGUCUCACAGCUCGGAGCUCGGAGUUGGUCAGUGUCGUAUCUGCCGGGCUGUCUAUUAGUUUUUUUCAGUUGUACAGUAAACACAAAUGGAGGUCUCACAUAGCAGACGACUCUGCUGUCAGAUGUACAUAUUUACAUGAAGCCAGGAGGUGUUCAGAGACCAGCGGCACUGCUACUACUUCUGACUGUAGUUUUCAAGGAAUGUGCAUGAAAGUCUAACAGUAUAAGGCCUAUUGGUCGGCCUCAGCAGUAUGCGUUGUAGCACACUGCUGCAGGGCUGAAGGAAUGUCGAGUCCUGAGUUGAUUAAGCCUUAGAGUAUUUGUGAUGAAUGGGAUGAAUAGUAUUAGCUUUAAAUUGUUAGAUCAAAUGUUUUUGUUGUGAUUUUUUUCUCUCCCUCUGGCAUUAAAAUGCUUAUGCAGCAAUACUUUAAAAGACAAUUGAUCAAAGAUGUUCCUAUCAUUCCUUGUCAGAAUAAUGAGCACAUGAACAAAUGGACCUGUUUUCUCUCAGAUGAGAGGAGAUUUGAUUUAACCUGAAUGAGCAGUGUGAUGUUUUUUUUUUCCAGUAGACAAUAAAUGGCUCAAUAUGAAUAAAGUGAGAGCUCAACA